UGUGACCAUGGGAAACAACAAGGAAAAUGCCUUGUGUUUGGCCCCUUCCUGUUGAUCCUCCAUUGGGACGGGGAAAUGAGAAAAUGUUGAUAAAUUUUGAUUAGAAAAUGAGUUUAACGAAGGGUCGCCGUUGCCAGACAACUUGGUUGUAAAUAUUAUUAAGCUACGUUGUAUAUAUAUAUUCUACCACUGCUAUAUAUAGCCAGUCCAACGGUUUUAUUUUGAAGGCAAAAUACUACAUUUCCGGUAAUAUCCUCGUCCUCGCUCACCCAUGCUAACUUGACUACCAGGUAUAUAUGCAUUAUCCGGACCAAAGACGGUAGGAGCUGUUCCGGAGUGACAGCGGCCGUGUAACCGUUGACCUUCCUUCCUCUCACCGCAGUGGAAACAUGGCUCUGAGCCGUUUGGAAAAGGCUCAGGUAUGGCUCUUCAAGGCGGUCAUGGGAGUCCUCUUCACGUUUUACCGGCUCUUCUCUCCUCGGAGACCCGCUCUGUCCGGGAAGAGGCUCCCGCCCGUCAACAACCCGCUGCUGGUCGUGUCAGCGACGCAGCUCGCCAGGAAGAUCAGGCGAAAAGAGGUGUCAAGUGUGGAGGUGGUGCAGGCUUACAUUGACAGGAUCCAGGAAGUCAACCCCUUACUGAACGCUGUGAUAAAAGACAGGUUUGCCGCUGCCCUCCAGGAGGCGGCCCAGGUUGAUAAGCUGAUAGAGGAGGAAACUGGAGGAGAGGAGGUACUGGAGGACCGACUGCCUUUACUGGGAGUCCCGCUCUCUGUCAAAGAGUCCUUUGCCCUCCAGGGCAUGCCCUACACCACAGGUGUGAUCUCUAGGCGAGGAGUCGUGGCCACCGUCGACGCUCCACCGGUGGCCCUGCUGAAGAGAGCGGGCGCCAUCCCGCUGGGCGUCACCAACACCAGCGAGCUGUGUAUGUGGUGCGAGUCCCACAACCACCUGAACGGCAUCACCAACAACCCGUACGACCUGGAGAGGAUACCAGGAGGAAGCUCAGGUGGAGAGGGCAGUAUACUGGGAGGAGCGGGUGCAGUCAUUGGCAUAGGCUCAGACAUUGGCGGCAGCAUCCGUAUGCCCUGUUUCUUCAAUGGAAUAUUUGGCCAUAAAACCACUCCUGGUGUUGUGUCCUGUGAGAACCAGUACCCUCCCACCUCCGGCAGACAGGAUGAGUACGUCAGCACUGGACCCAUGUGCCGUUACGCUGAGGACAUGCUGCCCAUGCUCAAGAUCAUGGCGGGACCCAAUGCUCACAUGUUGUCCUUAAAUACGAAGGUUGACCUAAAAAAGCUGCGGUUCUUCACCAUCCCUCAUGAUGGUGGCACGCCUCUGACAUACCCCGUCAGCAAAGAGCUCAUGGACAUUCAGAAGAAGGUGGUGGAGCGUCUGGAGGCCGAUCUCGGAGUAAAAGUCCAGGAAGUGCAUUUGCCUGAGCUCCGCUAUGGCUUCCAGAUCUGGGACACCUACAUGGGGCUUCCUGAUAAGGAGGGCAAGCCUCCUCUGCCAUUUGCUACGCUGAUGGGGGAGCCAGGACGGCCAGUGUGGCCUCUGUGGGAGCUGCUGAAAUGGAUAAUGGGGAAAUCAGAGCAUACCAUGGCUGCUAUUGGCCUGGCCCUGCUGGAGAUGACUCAUGUGUCCAGACCCUCGACCUUCAUCAUCGAGCAGAAGGAGAAGCUGCAGAAGACGGUGGACGAGCUGCUGGGCACCGAUGGUGUUUUUCUUUACCCCCCGCACCCCAGAGUGGCACCCGAACACCACCACCCGCUCUUCAGACCAUUCGACUUCGCUUACACCGGUAUAAUCAACAUCCUCGGGCUGCCGGUCACCCAGUGUCCCCUGGGUCUGAGUGAGGAGGGUCUGCCCCUGGGUGUGCAGGUUGUGGGUGGGAAGCUGCAGGACCAUCUGACCCUGGCUGUGGCUCUCUACCUGGAGAAGACGUUCGGCGGCUGGAGGGACCCCGGAGCCAAGUAAAAACACAUACUCCUAAAGCCAUUACCAAAUCUCCAGACUGGAGCCAGUUGGAUCAAAGAUUGUGGUACUCUAUCUGCCUUGCUGCUUGCUGUAGUACACAAUCACCCAGAGGUACGAUCAGCUGGCUGAAUGUUUAAGUGAAAGAGAUUAAUUUUUGUACCAAUGAGGGAUCAGCUGGUCCAAUUAAAUGUUUGUCAUGAUUUUAUCAUCUACCCUGUUCAGGGACCGUUAUGUUAUGAGCACAAGCUUUAAAAAAAAAAAAAAAAAAAAAAGAUUGAUUUUUAUAUUAGUGGAAAUAUCUUUAAUCGAGCAUUCACAUUAUCAUGCAAAAACAAGGGUCUUGUGCUCUUCAUGACUGGAUAUCUGAAUUUAGACUGCUUUACCACACUGGCACCAUAUCAGACCUUUACAGUGUGUAGUGGAAAAUGCCAGAGACUUACCUUUCAAACAACUUUUAAGUUUACACACUUUAGUUUUUACCGUUUUGUUUUGACCGGCAGCUGUACAGGUAUGUAUGUAUGUUACUAUUUUAACUCUCAAAAGGUUCCGUUUUUUAAAGCCCUGUGUGUACAAACAUACACACAGAGGUUGUUUCUGUUCUGACUAAUUAGACCUGCACUCAGCUUCAGGCUGGGUGUUGCUCUGCUGGGAGUUUGUUACCCCACUCCUGAAACAUUAAACAAUCAUAAAAGGUGUAAUUUUCUCCUGCGCCAACAGGCACAAGUAAUCUAGAGAGGUGACAAUCAGGUGUGAGGAGGUCCAAUCCGCCAGACAUGAAACACCUGUGUGGUUCUGUACUGUAAAUGUGUAGGGUCUUUUAACUCAUAACUAAUACUAAGACUUUAGACAACAAAUAUUUUAACAUCCUGACAAAAACAUUGAAAAACUGCUGUUGCGUGAUAAUGUGAACGCUGUAUAAUGGCUAUUAAUUGAUUGUGGUGCCUGUUUUAUGCUGCAACUCAUUUGUUUCAGCAAAUUAAAAAAAAUGAAUCUUGAA